UUCAUCAUUUUAGGUAUAUUUUAUGAUUUUAUAAUUAGGUUAUUCAUUGUCUGCAUGAGAUUCUGUAUAAUUCAUAAGCAUAAGUAUCAUGACUGCAGAAAACAAUUUAAAAUGGAUGUAUGAAGGAAAAAAAUCAUCAAUUGAUCAUGAACAAUAUUUGCUGGGAAAAAAAAUUACUUCUAUCGCAGAUGAUGCAGAAGACAAGGGAGACUUCAUUGUCAAACAACAAUCAUCUAUUUCUACAGGCAAUGUUUCAGUUUUAGAAAAACUUGAUUAUGAAAGCAAAGUACGAGAAGAUCCUCUCUUUCAAAUAAGAAAAAAUGACUAUGAGCAUCGUAAAGAACUCAUGAGUAACCCACUCAAGAAAAAAAGAAUUCAGAAUAUGUUAAAAAAUGCUCUUGAGCGUGAUUUAGGAAAAAGAUUAUUGAAAAGCAGGACAUCUUCAACCUCCUGUUCUUCUUCAGCAUCUGAUUCAUCAGAAACAGACUCAUCAAGUGACAGCGACAUGGAACUCGAUAAAAAAAUUUCAAGCAGGUCAUUGAAGAAUGAAAAACUUCGAAUAGCUUUAAAGAGACAAUUGGAAAGUGAUUUGAAGGGGAAAAAAUCUAAGAGGUACGACUCCGAUAAUGAAAAAAAAUCACGUAAAAAUUAUGAAAACUCUCCGAAUCACAGCGGUGAAAAGUACAAUAACUUGAAAACAAGAAGGAAACGAUCAAGCAGUGACGAGUUGAAAAAAUCAGAAUUGAGAAGCAGAAAGAAUAAGCACCGGGAACGGAAAGAAGAUAUGAGGCAUAAAGCUCCUGGAAAAGGCUCUCCGGAAAGUGUGAGAAAACCUGGAUAUGGUCUGAUGUUUGUAAAAGACGGUGAACGAUCAAGUGGUUCAAAACCAAAAAGGAGGAGAGAACGACGAACACCAACUCCUGAACCAGAAAAACCGAAAUAUGUUCGCAAACAGAAAUCUGGGUUUUCACGAAAGUUAACACAAGAAGAACUAGAAAGAAAGAGGAAAGAAAUGAUGAGUAAUGCAACUUGGAGGGAUGAUCAAAGAAAACAUAAUAUUAAGAAGUAUGCACAGGAGGAGAAGAGGGAAAGAGAUCAAGAAGAGAAGGUACAUGAAAUGAAAAGAAAAGCAGAGAAGAAAGGAGGAAAAGCAAAAGAUUUUUUGCAUGAAAUGAAAUUACACAGUGCAUCGGUGGGUUCAUUAGAAGAUACAGUUCGUAGGAAAAAACAUACACUCGCUCGUAAGCUAUGACUUCCAUUGAAUGAUGGAGUAUCUUGGUGUUUUCUUCUCAACCUAUUGAGUUGAGGGUUACAUUGAUGCAUAGCCUACAUCUUGAAUAAGUUGAAUGUUUACAUCAUGAUAGCAAAAGGAUUGAAGAUAAAAGUAAUCUGAGGAGAUUUUUAAUUGGCCAUGUAUGUAGUCGUCUCUUGAGGUGUUCGUCAUGAAUGACCAUAGGACUGAGGGAUGGAUUUAUUCAUUGCACAUACUGGUAUAUCAUUUUGAUAUAGAUUUUAUAUGCAAGAAGUUUCUGUAUGACCAACCGGCACUCUUAAAUGCAAUUCAUUUGACAUUUUAUCAGGGGCGUGCAACCUUUAAUACAGGAGGGCCAGAUACAAAUAGCACGGUGAAACCGUGGGUCGCACCUUCAUGUAACAUAGGCUUUUCAAUAUUUGCAGGCCCAAAAAUUUGGUUAUUGAUCUUAUGACAUGAGUUAUUUGCUUCGCCGAAGCGGGUAUCGCAACCGGCAAAAAUGAAACAAAAUUAGACUUUGGUAUAGGCUUGGGAUGACUCGCAGGUACCAGAUUAAACUAAAUUAAAAACUUGUUUCGCGUGCCGCACACCCUGAGGGCCCCAGUUGCACACCCCUGUAUUAGAUCUGUGAGAAUUUAUUUGUUUCAUGGAGCUACGUCACAUAUUUAGCUUCUAUUUCAUCAAUUUCGUUUCAAUAACAGAAAUAUAGAGAUUGUGUUUUUCCUAAAUUGACCUUCAAAAUUUAUUCAAAUGAUAAACGCUAGUUGAAUGUGUUUUAGUGCCGAUUGCUUUUAAUGGAAGCAAUGAUUACAAGGGAAACACCGCA